AUGUGCAAUGUGUCAGUGAGUGAUGACAUCAUCACGAUCCCAUUGCCUGCUCUUCUAAUGCCUGCUGGGCCUGCUGAUCUGUGUCAGUGUUGGUGUUCUCUCUGUGUGUGUGGGCUGCCUGCUGUCACAACAUUUUAUCUCCCCUCUGUGCCUGGGAAAUUCCAGCCUAGGAUCUGUCAGAGUGUGGAUCCAUCAUCCUCCACUCACUGCAGUUGUCCCCCUGCCACUGCUAGCCUCAUAUACAGUUCAUCCGUGUCACUGAUUUUGUCUUUAAUAUUGGUGCUGGUGGCAUCUUAUGGC